UCCAAAGAAAAUCCUAAAAUGAGUGAAGAUGGCUACUACUCCAACUCAGAUUCAAAUGAAGAAGAGAAUUCAGAUAGGGAUUAUGAAGUCAGCAACCGAUACACAGAGAUCAGCGAGAGUACAGAUAGACAAAGCAGCUUGAAAAUGAUAAGUGAAGGCUUCCAUGGGUCCAAUGAUGUAAAUGAUGUGGAUAUGCCCUUUAUUUCAGGCGAGAGAAGUUCGGAAAAUUUAACGAGUAGUAUGUCUUCGAGGACUACUGUUGUGGAUAUUGGAAAUGAGAUUAGUAAAUAUCAGAGUUAUGUGCAUUAUUAUUUACAUUAUCAAAUGAGUGGAUAUGACCAAAUAGCCGAAGCACACAAAAUCAAUGGUGAAAAUCUGCCAGAAAUAGUAAAACCACAGAAUAAUACUUUCAAAACAGAAGUAAGUAAAGUAAAGAUGAUGCUGGCCGACGAGAUGCCGGACACAGACAGAGCUUAUUUGCCCAUCUCAGGAAUCAAAGACAUCAUUCCUGUGAUGCUAUUUAACCGUGAGAAAUAUAAGAUAUCAGAAUUUUAUGAUAAAACAGUGGAGUUUGCCUUCAACUCGAUUUUCAUCCCUGAUGCAAACCAGUACAUCUAUCUCGUCGGGAUGCUUUAUUACGAAAAAGUAGAGGAUGUCUUCAGAGCCACCCAGCAAUGGAGAGCAAGCGAUGACAAAGAAGAGAAUAAAGAGUCGAUCAGAGAUCAUCUCAAAUAGAGUCGAUUUAGAUACAAAACCUAUGUUCAAGAACACUCUUGAUGAAGAAGACUUCAUUUAUAAAUCUUCUGACAAAAAGGUUGAUAACAAAAUGAAGAAGGGAAAUAGGAGGAAGAAGACUCUCUCCAAUAUUGAUGAAGAAAGCAACCCUUCAUUUGCAUCAAACCUAAGUCCCAAUAAAGAUGCAGACGAGUUUAAUGAAUUAUCCGAGAACCUAGAUCUCAGUGACAAAGAAGCAAAAUUUGAACUCCAAAAGUUCAGCUCUGAAGCAUACAAAGAUAUGGAUUUUAACCUCGAUCAGCCCCAAGAAAAUCGGAGAACAGAAAUGAAAAAGAGCAAUUCCUUCUUCGAACGAAGAUCUCAACCACAUGUACAGGCAAAUAUGACUCAAGUUGAACCAAAGAAGGAGAGAAGAGAAAGGAAGGUAAAUACCCCAAAACUACUCGUCCUCGCCUCUAUGCAUCCCAUCUACUAUCAGAUGCAAAACUUUUUGAUGCAGAUUAAAGGUAUAAUGGAGAUUGAAGACAAAGUCCCCUUUGAGAGAAUGAUGAUAAAUCUCCUCUAUGAGUUCCCUCACCCUGGAGAAAAUACUCAAAUAAUAUCAAGAUUUUGGAAACAAAUCGAUCUGUACGCUGUUUCCAAACUCAACCAGCAGGUUGACCAACAAGCAUACAUUCAGGAGAAACUAAAGCAGAAGAAUUUUCCAUAUGAGUACGAACUGAGGGAGACCCAGAAUUACUGUGAUAUAAGGCACUACCAAAACAAAGAAAUCCUCGAUAUUCUCUCUUACUACUUAAAGGCCAAGACAGAGAACGGAAAUAUAGAUCUGAUAUGGAACAUCAUCGAGCAUAUGCUACUCGACCUCUCAGUGGUGCUAGUCUGUAAAGAUAGCAAAGUAUUAGCUGGGUUCAUUGAGAUAUUAAAGAACUUGAUAUACCCAUUCACUUUUAACGGAUUGGUAAUCCCAUUUGAUCCUGAACCUAGUCAAAACUUAUUAAUGUCUCAGAUAUCUUUUGUAAUGGGUGUUCCGGAAAUGUACCAAAAGCUACCAAGAAGAGUCUGUGUUGUUUAUCUUGGGAAUGAGAAAGAAGAGAGCAAAGAAUCUCUUACAAAAAGACAAAAUAAUCUUAACAACGAAGUUAUCCAUCUGAAUGAAUCGGAAGUGAUCAUGAGAGUCUCAUACAGUAGUAAGGUAAGUGGCAAUAGAGAAAGUAUCCGUAAUAUUAAAUAAGGAUGAGGAGCAAUCAUCAUUUGCCAAGUUGCUUUCCAAGAACCAAAGCAGCUACGAUAAGGCACUUUCUAUGAUCAGGAAAUCUACUGAUCAAAAAUCUAUUGAGAAAUCUAUUAAGAUUCUAAAUUCUGUUGUUAAAAGUGCUAUUUUUAAGCAAAUCCUGCACAUAAAGAAGGGCAAAGAUCUGAUCGAUAACUGGAAGAAUAACAAAUACAAAAAGAUUAAUAAACACAAUAAGAUGAAUUACACUCGAAGUAGAGUUAAUUUCCAUGGCAAAGGCAACACUGAGAAAUUAAUGUUCCAAGAAUCUCAGACUUUCCAUUCAAUCGGAGAGGCUCUCAGAAACAACACUAAUCCAGUGAAUGCAAGGAUUUACAAAUAUCUGGAGAACUACAACGAAAAUGUGAAGUUUGAUUCAGACUAUUUAGAAUUUGAUGAUCCAUCUCUCCCAUCAGCAGAAGCUCCUGAUCCAAAAAUGGAUGAUUUUGAAGAGCUCAAGAAACUAUACCACCACGAGACCCAAAUCUUACCUCUCGAAGAAUUUGUACAGGGCUCUUAUUCCUAUUUCAUAAUGCCAAAACUAUUGAAAAAUAUAGUAAAAGACGAGAAGAUAUUUAAAGAGAUCGAAUGGCCGAAAACUAAAGUUGAGAAGAACUCUACAGGGAUAAGAUCUCUCCGAGAACCUCCUGAAAAAUACACUCAUGAGAAUAUAAACUCCAUUAUUUGGGUAACCUGCUGGAUAGCUACCUAUUACUAUCACAGAGAGGAGGAAAAGUGUGUCCACCUCAUUGAGCUGAUUACAAAUCUUCCUAAGAUCAAGAUUGGGAACAAACUAAUGGCCUUGAUCAUGAAGUACAUCACUGAAGCUGUGAGUACCGGAACUCCAGAGUCUGUGUUCACUAAUUUUACCUACCUACAACAUCAUGCCAGGAAUCUGAUUUCCCAGUCUGCAUAUCUGAAGCUUCUUAACAAGUACAUCCUGUUUACAAAGAAGUUACUGCUUGGGAAGGAACUCAACAUUGAACCGAGAAAUAAAUCUAUCAAAGAAAAAGUUGAAACUACUGAGGAAAGAAUUGACAAAAAUCCCCAAAGAUCUGCAUCGUCACUGAAAAUGAUCAAAUCUAGCUCAGCACUACUCUUGCUCCCUAAAAUAAAGACGGUGAUCAACAGGCCAGUUCUUGAAGGUAAAAUGCACAGUCUCGAUGAUGGAUAUCUCAUAAGAGAUGUUGGCAAACUUCUUGAACCUCCCAAGCCACCUCCACUCCUAUGCUCCUUUAAGAGCUCUGAACAUUCAGGCCAAUUUAGUGCAGUCAGCAAGGAUGAGAAAAUAAAAAAAUUCUUUAGAACUGAAGAGAAAAAUAAGAAUAAAUAAAACUGUAAUGAACCACUCUGUCUAUCAAAAGCCGAGAGAUAGUAUUUUCAGAAAAUCAAAGUUCAACAAUAAAAGCAAUAUGCGUGAAACGAAAGAGCAAAAAGGAUAUGAACAAUCCUCUAGCAACGAGUUUCACAACGAAUUUCGAAAUGAUAGAAAUCCCCGGUUAUCAAAUGUCGAAAUAGAGAAGAGAUCUAUGGAGGAAUUUAGAGAGAGCCCAACACAUAACUACUUUGUUUUCCCAACUAGCAACUGAAAGUCAUGCAAAGAAAUCUUCUCAACAGCUAACACUAAAAUAGCUAUCAACAAGGCAAUUCCUAUUGACAAGAAUAACUCACUGAGAGAGAAUAUAGAGCAGGAAAAUAGUAAUCUAAAAUAAAUGUAUGAAGUGAGGAAAUAAUAUUAAGAUCCAUCUUGUUGUCAAGAAGAAGCAGCAGAGUUACGACUCUGAGUACAAGCUCAUCGAUGUGGAAAAAGUCAAUUUCUUAGGCCCAUUUAGCCUUUUCGAUCAGCUCUAUAUGUUGAUCAGCAGGUUUAGCGGUGAUAAUAGAAGGUACUCUCCUGAAAUGCAGGGAGGUUUCAAAAAAAUACUAGAACAUUCACUUGACCAUAGACUCCUACAAUUGAACAUAAACUCACUGCGUCUAGAAUACAGAGAAAUAUUCUGGAACUUGAUCUAUCUCUUCUCAAAAGAUGGUAUAAACUACAAAUUCAUCUGUCCAUACAAAAGUGAUCUCCCAAGCAUGAACGAUCCUGAAGAAUUCAGCACAUGUCCGAAGGAGUCAAUGAUAGAUAAAUACAACCCUGAAGAUGACUUCAUUAUGAAAUAAAGUUCCCAACCUCAAUGAAA